GAGAAAAUACCGCUGAGUAAUAAAGAGUAUAUUAGCUUCCGACGUGACGUCACUGUUUACAAACACAGGCACCGGAAGUGAGACAGGCAAAAACAAGAUUACGGAAAGAGAGACGUGCGCUGUACCAGACGUACGGAUAGACAGUAAAGCCUGUAGAUUUCAGCCAGACACCUUCACUGGAUUACUGUGUUUGUUUUAGUGGCAAAGAAGAACGUUUUUAAAGACCUGCAGAAAGGUCGCUAUGAGUUUGUGAAGUUCACAAUAUGAGAUCAGAAAACUUUCUUAACCUCCAGAGUGUCACCCUUCGGUGAUCAGAUAGCCUCCCUGUGACUCAGCUGUUCCCACAAUUAGGCAAUUCAAAAACAACAGGGCUAGGCAGAGGUGUGCCGAAAAACUGCCUCUUUAACAGUUUUGUCCUCCACAUACUAGUGAUGGAAGUCGCAUGAAAGCAAGAAAGUACUAAGUUUUUAACUUAAGAAGGAUUUGAUGUAAUAUAUCUGGCUUUUUCGUGCAAGAGAGAAAAUCUACUUUUUGGGUUAUGGCAGAUCCUUGCCCAGACACAGUUGAUGGUGAAAUUAUAGGCGUUUCGGGGGGACAGCAGUUAAACACAACCAAAAAUGAGGACUUUGCUGCUGCUAGACCAGAGGACAAGGAAAUCAGCCAAAAAGAGGGUGGCACCAAUACUGAGCAAUCCUCUGGGAGUAUUUCUCACCUUAUGAAAGAUGACCUCACAACAUGCAAAGAACCUCCUACAACCACAGCGUCUCUUGAAGAUGAUGCUAAAGCGGCUCGGUCCGUGACCAGUAAAAGCCAAGACAAAACCGAUGAAUCUGAGAUCCUCAAUAGCCAAUCCUACACGCCCAGCCAAUCAGAGGUGACACCCACUUUCUCCAUGGCCAGUCUGGAGUUCUCCGAGGAGACUAAUGGGAUUCCUCCUGAUGGACCUUUGAUUGCGUCCAAAUCUGCUCAGGAUGGCAACCAAGUCCCCUCUCAGGGGAGCGCAGGGGCCUGUGCGGGGGCUGCGAGGGCAUCAGAGCCUAGCAUGCCGGCGUAUUAUUUUGUGAAGUGGAUUACCUGGAAAGAGAAGAAGACGGCCAUUAUCACACAGAGCGAGAACGGACCCUGCCCCCUGAUUGCCAUCAUGAACAUCCUGUUGUUGCGGUGGAAGGUGAAGUUGCCGGCUCAGAUGGAAGUGGUCACCACUGAAGAGCUGAUGGCUCACCUUGGUGAAUGUGUGCUGUCCAUCAAACCGCGGGAGAAAGCAGAAGGCAUGGAGCUCAAUUUCCAGCAGAACAUGAGCGACGCAAUGGCUGUGCUGCCAAAGUUGUCCACAGGCCUCGACGUUAAUGUGCGUUUUACAGGUGUGUCGGAUUUUGAGUACACGCCUGAAUGCAUCGUCUUUGAUCUGCUUGACAUUCCGCUCUACCACGGCUGGCUUGUCGACCCACAGAGUCCUGAGGUGGUGUCUGCAGUGGGCAAACUCAGCUACAACCAACUGGUGGAGAAGAUCAUAGAGUUCAAGCACUCGACAGAUAGCAGUCAAGUUAGUGAAGGUUUGAUAGCAGAGCAAUUUUUGGAGUCCACAGCAACCCAGCUGUCGUAUCACGGCCUGUGUGAGCUCAACACGACUGCCAAGGAGGGAGAACUGUCUGUAUUUUUCAGGAACAACCACUUCAGCACUAUGAUAAAGCACAAGGGUCACCUUUACCUGCUGGUCACAGAUCAGGGCUUCCUGCAGGAGGAGAGCGUGGUGUGGGAGAGUCUCCAUAAUGUGGAGGGGGAUGGGAAUUUCUGUGACUCAGACUUCAGAUUGUGUCAUCCUUCCCAGAAACCCUCAGCAGCCAGCCAGCCCUCCACACAACAACAGCAGCAAAUGCAGAUCGACCAGGACUAUCUGGUGGCGAUGUCCCUGCAGCAGCAGCAGGGCGAAGCUCCUGGACCCAUGAGUGAUCUUGAGCUGGCCAGACAGCUGCAGCAGGAGGAGUACCAGCAGCCACAAACACAACAGCAUCAGCCCUCAGCAGGACAGAUGAGAGGUCAGGCCGCAACUCAGCACGGAGGACAAAGGCGCCGGGAAAAGAAGGAUGACUCUGAUUGUUGUAUUCUUUAGAUCAGAGUCCACUCACCACCAUAACCAGACUCUCAAAGCCAGUUUUUCUUCUGUACCACUACUGAAACAUGGGACUUCACUCUUAGCAGACCUGUCGUCCCAAUGCCAAGCCUGCCUUUACAGUACAGUUGACCCCUCGUUUUCGCCUUUCCUUUAUCCUCAUGGUUUGAACUGUUGCUCAUCGUUGUCUACUGGACCAAAUAAAGGUAGCAAUUGUUUCUAAGCACUAAUGAGCAUUUGUUUGAGUGCUACUAUGGAGCUCCUAACUAUGCCAUUAAAGAUUGAAGACUGUAAUGGUAAAUAAUCAGGUAUUGUAAUAAGAAUUUAAUAUUACACUGAAAUGCUACUGUCUCAAGUUGAUCUGUACAUAGUUACUUGUCAUUGGCUUUUCAUCCAAAGUGAUGUACAGUACACUAAGUACACAGGACUCCAUGGAGCUCCCUGGAUCCUGUAAGCUGAGCUAAUAAAAGCCACCUCUGUUAACAGGAAAUGUGUGACCAUUGAUUUAUGAAACGUCUGGAAUAUUGGUAUUAUGCAAAGAGUCAUCAAAAUCAUUUUGCACACGUACACAGUUCAGUAUUAUCAUAAACACAUGCACAAUUGGCUCUAAAAUCUGAGAGCUUUUGUGAAAAUACUUCUAUUUUGCAUUUUUGUCU